CAUGGCGACCACAGCACAAGUCCUCUGGCUUUGUUUCCUGGGAUGCGUCAUCCACUCGGCCGCAGAAGCAGAGAUUCCUCCCAAUGGGACCAGCAAUCACAUCCCAGGUCGGCUCCACCUGCUCAGGAAACGUGUUACUGAUGGCAUCACUUGCACUCCACACUCCCAGCCCUGGAUAGCCGCACUGUUUGACGGUUUGCACCACUACUGUUCUGGAGUUCUGGUGCAUCCGCAGUGGGUGCUGUCAGCUGCGCACUGCUGGAGACCUUCCUACACCAUUGGGCUGGGCCUCCACGGAAUUUACGAUUGGUUUGAACAAGGCAGCAUGAUUAUCAAUGCCAGGCACUCGGUGAAGCACCCUCAAUACGCCAACCCUACAAAUGCUAACGACCUCAUGCUCAUCAAGUUGAACGGACCAGUUGUGGAAUCAGACACCAUCCGGACAAUCCCCAUUGCGUCCGAAUGUCCAACACCUGAAACCAGUUGCGAGGUCUCUGGCUGGGGUCUGCUAUUGAAAGGCUACUACCCUUUGGAUCUGCAGUGUGCGAUUAUUCGUGUGGUUGCAGAGCCGUAUUGCAGAGUCAUGUUUCACACAUACCACCACGACAGUAUGUUCUGUGCUGGUGGUAAGAGCCGCAAGAACACUUGCUACUUAGACUCUGGAGGGCCACUGGUGUGCAACGGGGUCCUGCAGGGCCUUGUGUCCGGUGGAACCCGCCAGUGUGGCUUACCUGGAGCUCCAGGCAUCUACACAAAACUAUGCAAAUUUAAAGAGUGGAUAAAUGAAAUCAUACAGACCACAUGACCACAGAUGAUGUUGGGACCAAGUAGUCCAUACCGCCUUCCAAACCUGUCCCUAGGCUCCACCU